AAUUACUACCUUAAAAAAAGAGAACAUGUUGUAGCUCUUGCCAGUGACACAGGGAGACUGAAAGAUCUGAUGAAUGAGAUCCAAGAGAAGAACUUCAAGAUCGAGUGUAUGAGUGAACAGCUGAGGGAAUAUGAGGAGAGAAUCUUCACAAAGGUAGGCUAGGAUCAGUGUGUUCUUCACUUUGCCGACUUACUGUAGUGAUGCAAAUCACAUAUUGUAUUUUACCUUAUAAUAUAACCUAAUAAUAUUUUAAAUGAUGAACAUUCAAAGCUGAAGAAUAUUCAAGAAUUGUUAAAGUUUCCCCUAGAGCUGCCAGUGGUGAACAAUAAGAUUGUAGUUACACAUGGUUAGAUUAAAAUGCCUUCCAGAGAGGUGCGGUGAUAUGGACACCUCUUGUUUUACCAAAAGCUAUUAAUUUCUUAUCACUAUUUCAUCACUCAUACCUUUUAUGUGGUGAGUGACACCCCCAAGAAAUCAACGUUAAUGAGAUAUUUAGUGUUAAAAGGUGAGGUGCAGUCCCAUAAUUGCCUUGUUUUAAUGAUCCCAGGCAGCCCCUCAUUCUAUCUCGCUAAAUCCUCUCUCGUCCCUCAGUGUUUGAGUUUUGUCCAACCUAAGUGGGGCUCUACUGUAGGCAGAUGGCGGGGAGAGCAGUCACACAAAACCAUCCUCUCAAAGUGAAACGGAUGACUGCAGCUCUGGAGAAUCGCUCCUUUGUUCUUUGUGCUAAUGAGAGUGGUCACGGCCAUGGGAGAACCGCAUGGCUAAUCAUCCGUAGUUACCACUCUACGGCAGAUGGUGGAGCCAGAGGUAAAGGAAGUAGCAUUUCUUCUUCAAUCCCAGUGGAAACAGUCCCAGUCAGACAGGCAGUGUUUUGGGUUUUAGAUACAGUUGUUUAGAGAGAAACAGAGACAGAGGGAGCCUCCAUAAAACAGGAAAAACGUGUGUCUAUGGCUGUCACUCAUAGUUAGUAGACGUGGUCUUGGAUGGGGGAGGGAGAAGAAGGGAUGGAUGGUGUUCGGUGGUGCAUGGAGAGGUGAUCAUCUGUUGAUGCCGGUCGGGUCGGGGCUGUGCCAGGGUAGAUGGAACAGUGCCCAUAGUGAUUACAGAGAGGACCAACUGGGUAAUCCUCUGUGGCAUGACAUGUAGCCUAGCCUAACGCGGCAUCAAAACUGCUGUAUCACACGCAACGCAAGCAUUCCUAACCUUAUAAUCCCUCUAAAUUGUUUAUUCAUUAUUUGAACUCUGAUACAGCAGAAUUGGCUAGUCCGUCGAAUGCAUGCAGUUAUGAAGCAUGACUUUAACUAUUUGUGUUCCGUUUUGCAUUCUAAUGUGUCUUUUGGCAACCUGAAUGUAUUGGGUGGCUCUCUGUUACAAAAAUCUAUUGAGUUCGCACAGUUUUGGACUCAUUCCAAAUGAAACAAAAAGGCAUUCAUAUUAUUUUAAAAAGUGAGAUUUCUUUACUCAAAUAUGACCGGUCUUCACAAAAGUACUGUCUUCUUUCAUUCUAAAAGAAGAGGAGGAAACAAAACAAGGGAAAAGGAGGGGGGACCUUGAAGCUUUGAAAGCCUUUGAACGCCUGCACACUGCACAGUCCUAAGUGUGACAGGCAUGCAAAAGCCCUGUUAAUGUCCAGGGCAUGAAUGGUGACUCCAGCACAAAGUGGAGGGCCAACUGCGUUGAUAUCACAGGAACCUGAUGGGCUCCAUGCGGCUCCCAGUCUGAAAACUUCACUGCUCUGACAUGUGAUGUGAUCCUGGUGACACUGGCAGCGCUGCCACUGAGGGAAGGCACAAAGGCAACAAGCCCCCCCCUGGAAGCUGUGCACUCUGCAAACCCCCUGGUGUUGCCCAGGCAUACUACCCCCAGUCUCCCCCCUUCAGCCCUGCCUAGUUACAGGCAGCGGUUGUUAGAGACCAGGGCAAAGACCGUGGGUGGAAAGGCCCAGCUGCCUCUUUGGACUUCCAGAAUAAAUUGACCUGAAUGACAGGGGCACACAAACAGUAUGAUAUGUAUUAUCCCUGUCAAUAAAAAUGUCCCCAUUAAUUAUGGUCUUUGUAUAUAAUGUACUGCCUUCUUUCUUCCGGGCAAAGAGGAGAGAGAAAAAACCUAAUGGCCAGAGUUUUUUUAGUGUGUGUGUCUCGGCUUUUUAUUAUUCAGGGGGAAAUCGUAGGAGGCAGAAAGUUGUACAAUUGCUUUGUCUCUGAAUAGGACUCAUAUUUGCCACGCAGCUUGAGCUGUGUGCCUUUUGUUUUGCGGAUUAAAGAAAAAAAGUAAAAAAAGAGUUGUCAUUUUUUUCUUCAGAUCAGCUCUGAGGGUGUGGAGGACCUAGAGAAAGAAUGGCUGAAACAAGUGUGUGAAAAGCUAAAAGAUUACAUUGACUCCAUGCAAAUUGUCAUGGAACAGGUCUGCAAUUCUUUGGAGGCUAAAGAGCAGCGGUUGGAAGAUCAAGGUAUUGUGUGGAUGUGUUUCUUUUUGGCAACAAAUCCUAUUCCCUGCAGUUUUUUAAGCACUGCUUAUUACAAUUUUAUAGGAUUUAGGAUGUUAAGUCAUACACUAUGGACCAUAAAAUCCAUAUUGAUGUAAUUCUGUGACUUUAGAUCUUUGUUGAACUGUCUAGUGUAAUUGAUAAAUCUUUACUUUUAAACCCCAUGUGCAAUACUUCAUACAUCAAUUUGCCAUUUCAACUAGGUUAAUCAUGUGCCCCCUGGAGAAGAUAUUGUCUGGAAACAUGAGCUAAUGACUCACGGUUAGGCAGCCAUUGGUCAGAUUGUAAUGUUUGACAACACUUGUCAGAAUGGCCAUCCAGUCCACAGUGUGGGAGUCCUUCAAGAGAAAGUAAACAGUGCACAGGUGUAUUUUCAAGGAUCAGGGCUUUAUCUAUCUAAAUGUUUGAUGUUCAUUCAUUGCUUAUGUAACUUAGGUAACCAUCUGAAUAUGUCCCCCUGGUUGUAUAGACACAAUUGGAGCACAAACAUAUCUCACCUGAUAAAUUGUGAUAGCGCCAAUGCCUCAGUUGACUCUUACAUGUUAUAAUUCAUAUCGGAUGGGGUUUUGAAGAGAGGGCAUACCUCAUUAAUAUGACCUUAACCAUAUUCUUUAAAUGUGGUGUGUGGUGUUUGCCCAAAGAGCAUCUCCUCUUUUAUAUGUCCUUCAUUCAAAUACAAUAAAGAACCACCUGCUAAAGGGUUUUUGUAUUGGCCCUUGAACUUAGUGGUUUUAGGUCAGACCAGAGGAACAGUGGGUGGCAGGCCAAGCUCAUCAAGGGCGGAAUUCCAGGUCAGAACCCUGUCAGGAACCAGGCCACACUGGGUUCAAGUGGACUUUCUCAGGCCACCACCAUAACACAAUGGGACGUGGAUGGUCAUGUUCAGGGGCGCAACUUUCACUGGGGACGGGGGAGACAUGUCCCCCCCACAUUCUGAAAUUUCAUUUUUGUCCCCCCCCAGUUUUAUCAUUGGAAUGUGAUACAAAACAAGGCAAUGGUGUGCUUUAGGACCAUGGGGACGCCUCCGAGCAGUCGGAUAGGCUGUUUGGAGUGUUUAUCCGUCAGGAUAAAAAAAAAAAUAUAAUAAUAUGAUGUUUCCCCCCACUUCUAAAACCAAAGUUGUGCCCUUGGUCAUGUUAUACUACCGUCUCAAAUUCCAACAACCGCGUCUCUUAGGCCUACUUUCCCCCUCCACCCUACUCCUCUGAUAGCCCAAAACCAGAUGAAAGUGGAAGUGUUUCCUGUCUCUUGCUAUCUAUCUAAACUAACCAAAGUGCUCUUUCUACUUGUUUCAGCCCAUAAUCUAACUGAUGUGAAAGCAAAGUUAGAAGAUGAGAAAAAAGCCCUGUAAAAGGUAAAUGCAACAAUAGUUGUUUUGCAAAUAAAGCAAAUGUAAAUGUAAGGCAAAACAAGUAAAGUGAUCACCAUACACUGUUUUGUAUAGAGGAGUGAUUUUGGAUAAAUACUUAUGGUGUAGUACUCAACAUUGAGAAGGACACCACAAGAAAGAAGGUAAGCAUCCUUUCUUUUGUCACCAGUCUUUACAACCUCCAAGUGCAUCCAUGUUGAAUUCGGCAGGUGAGAAAACUAUCUUUACAAAACAUGUCUCAAAGCUCUCCACCCUCCACCCAACCCAUGCUGAACUGCUGUUCUUUUCACAUUACACAGCCUUUGAGGCAGGUCUUCCUGGUAGUGUUUGCAGUCCACUAAUAUAGAGUGGGGGGAAAGUUCUGUUAGCAUAUGCCAGGUCAAUAUAAGACAAGAGCCUUGUUUUCUGAUAGAUUUCAGUGCAGGUGACUGUUUGUUAGUUUUGUCAUCAAAAUGAAGGAUGCCAACAGAUUGCUGCAUCUCUCUUACUGUAAAGCAACUGGUAAGUGGAGGCAGACGAUCUAAAUGAUUUUAUGACGUACUAUUAAGCUUUCACUGAGAAAACGAAGGUUAAUAAUUGACACGGUAGCGGGGUUCCAUUGGCAAAACAUUUGGCAAAUGGGCCUUGAGGGCCGUGCUUUAAUGUGUUGGGUUAGGAUUAUUUAUCAUGCUUUAUUGAUACUUUAAAGAUAGAUUAUCUCUUUAAUAGCCGUAUGUGAUUGGAAGAAUGGAAUUCUGUCAGAUCAUUUUACUGAAUUGUGCUAGAAAUUCUACAAAUUGUGCCUAUCAACUAUUUUGGAAAGCUAAUCCCUACAGUAUAUAUUUAUUGGUUAUUGAUGGGGCCUACCAGGUGUCCUAUUGAUUUAACCAAUGUUAAAAACAUUUUUUUUUUUACAAAACAACUACUCCCUUGUAUUUUUCAUUUACGAAAGGUAGCAAUCAUCGCCCAAAGAAAUGUGUGACAUGGAUUGUUGGUAAAGCAAAUAUACCAGUCAUAAUUGUUUUGACAGCCCCCCUUCUCUUUUCACACUAAAUACUAACCGGCAGCGGUAAAAUCAGAAAGGUGACACUUCCUGUGUUACUCAAGCACUCACUCUGGCCACUUCUAACACACUAGCUUGAAUGUACUGCCCUGACCCUGUAUGGUUGCUAGGAUACAUAAUGCUGGCAUCAUUUUAAUCUAAUUAAACUUUUGGAGUAAGUUUCACCUCAUUGCAUUCCACAUUUUGAUCAAUUGAUCAAUACAUACAUUAAAUUGUAUUAGGCAUACAUUGUUAGUUUAUUUGUCACAGAAUACUUAGAAUUUACUGCAGGCCUACUCCUCCCUCCAAUCAUAGUUUUCUUUGGAAAUGCAAAACAAUUGUCUACCUGAAGGAUGCGUUCAUUAUUAGUAUCCAACAAUAGCUUAGGUCAUUUUGGGCGAUUUAGGUGCAACGGUCAAAAUAAGAGUGAACAUCAUAGAAAGCACUCAACACAUCAGUUAAAAGGAAUCUGAACAUGAUACUGAGCAUCAUCAUAAUCAAAACAACACUAAUUGGCAAUCUUGGUGAGAGAAUGAUCACCAAUAGAAAUACAACAACAAAAACAUAUUGGUUAGAGAUCAAAAGUGUGGCUCGUUGAUAGACCCCACUCUCGUCACUUCAAUAAACACAAAACAGCCAGGGAUGAGUAGAGGUUAAUGGUGUGUGGAGCAGAUGGUGUGACAGAAUCAUCCCCAGAAUUACCCCCACCUUAGAAGGUGUCUAAACAGCUUCUAAAGAGCAGCUUUAGUUAAAGACUACUAAUAAACACGUCCUUAAUGUCAUUUCAAUCAUCAGUCAAAAGGAUUAUCCAUAUUUAGUGUAUCAAUUCAGAUCUCUCUAUUUUCAAAUGUCUUUGUUGCCUGGCCUUUAGUACCCAUCCUGUGGCUGACAAACUCAAUAUUAAGGUCAACUAUAAUAUUUAUGCAUAAAACAUUUUUCAUGUUAUUUUGGUGACUUUAAUCAAUGAAGCAGAAAAUGUGCUUCCAUAGCUGUAGGGCCCCGAGGGAGAGACUUCCAAUGGGAGGCCAAAGCCUAGCCACUGAAAGCCCAGCUGGGUGUAAGCUUAGCUACCCAUCUCAAAUGAUUCACUCCCUCAUCCCUGAAUGUCACAAUCACAUAGAACACCAACAGUAUGUUGGCUUGCAUCAAGGAUGAAUUAUGCAUCUGUACUUGUAAGAACAGAAAUGUAUAUGGAGCUGUAGGGUGAAAACUGUAUAGCCUCAAAACAUGGUUAAAACUAGGGUUGGGCAGUAUCCAGAUUUUCAUACCUUCCUAUCCUUCUUAUACCUUACUGGGGUAUACGGUAUUACCGGCAGUGCACACAAGGGGCGCUAUUUCUUUCCAAAUGUAAUAUCACCCCUUGUGUGCAAUGCCGGUAGUAUAGGAACAGUAUGAAGGUAUGAAAAUCUGGAUACCGCCCAACCCUAGUUUUAACAAUGUUUUGAGGCUAUACAGUUUUUGGUUACAAUUACAUCGUUUACAAAUGAGUAAAAUAUGCUUAUAUUUUGGGUUCUGAUGAGGUAGGAUAGUUGAACUAAGCUCAUGUGGCAUUUCUAAGUUAUAUUCUUUAAGAAUCAAUGGGCAUAUAUAAUACAUUUAAAAUGUCAAAAAAUGGAUGUAGCAAUCGCAGAUUGAGAAGUGAGUUAUAGACGGGUUGGUUGUUUAGCAACAAAAGCGACGCGUGCACAACUAUGGGGCAAGACAGAUGGGGUUGGCUUAGAUUGUUGGCAACAUGUAAACUAUAUUUAUUCUCCAAAUGUUUCUUUAAAAAAUUUAUAAAUUUGCACAAUGAGCACUUGUUGUCUCACAAAGACAUUGUUACAGUUACAGUGAAUUUGAGCCAUAUUAGCAUAGACAUUAGUCAAAACAAGACAUGGUAUCAAGAACAAGAUAAAACUAGUUGAAACAAGCCACCUACGAUUCCCCACAUGGCAGCUUCUUGUCAUUGUUGCUAGCUGUCUGAAUGUUCAGAAUCAUAACAAAGCACGGCUUCCGGCCACAUCGAUGCGCUCGCAUCAGUUUCGUGACGUUGUCAGCCUAUAAGGAGGGGAUUAUCAAAUCAAAUCAAACCUGAGUUUAGUUUAACUCUGUGAUUCAUGGGAUGCAAGUGAAGCAGUCAAGAGCUACAUUCUUUGGAACUCGCAUUGAAUAAUAUGCCUUCCCGACCAGUCUAUUGCUCACGCAAAAAUUAUGCCCACAGUAUAUGUAAGGGCAAAGAACAUGGGAAUUUAGAUAUUAGCUAUCACACAUAAACUUUUACUCCCAUGGGAGGAAGUCUUGUCCAUGUCCCAUAACUUUUUCACUGUGAGAUACUGUGGGACGCUGCACCAAUUCUAGGCCGGGUGAGGUCAGUCAUGAAAGCAGGGUGAAGUUAGGUCCAUCAUACAGGCAGGUGCAGUCUGGAAUCUAGCUAACCCUGUGGGUCUUGUCUUCCUCUACCCAAAUUAUUAUUGUGGUGGAUCUUUGCGUCCACCCACAGUGUCUUUAGAGGGCUCUUCCGUCAAUGCAACUGAAGAAACAUAUAUCCUGGGUGUUGAUUUUACACAAUAGCAUUUAGCAAACACCUCUCAAGGAAUCAAGGCCUUCAGUGUCCUUUUGAACUAAAUUGAAUCCUUUUCUUUCAGUUGCAUUUUAAAAAGCACUUUCGUAAAAUGCUUUAUCGCUUAAAUCAUUAUCCACAAAGGUACUUCAUGAACAAGCCUCAGUGACAUCAUUAUACUCUCGUAUUCUCUUUAGAUGAUAAUAAUGUGUUCCUAAUGGAUGUUAUUCAAUUAACUUCUCAAUUAGACUAGAUCUAUAAACCAUUUGCUACUGUUUUGUCAGCCAGAGCUGGAAAAAGAAAUACAAAGCAUUGAAGACUUCUGCAAGAGUGAGGUAACUGAUAUGACGUGGUAGCAUUUCGCUACACCCGCAAUAACAUCUGCUAAACAUGUGUAUGCGACCAAUCAAAUUUGAUUUGAUUUGAAUUUGAUUUGCACACGUUUUGCGUGUCGUGGAGGCCACCAUUAUAUUUCCAAUACUCUACAGAUAAAUACGUGCCACGGUCAAGUGCUGCUGUCUGUGUCAGGAUUUUUAAAAGUCUGGGUCUCUCCAGUGAAGGACAGUUAUUGCAGACAUUAGGAUCUUAAAGCAAACAGAGGGGAUAAUGUGUUGGGAUAGUGCGUUGUCUAUGUCCUAUUGAUAUUAGCCAAGUUGGGUUAAAAUACAACCUGUUCUACAUAAGUCAACAGUGAAGUGCUGAAUAUUGCAACUUUAAAGUCCUGCCGCCUCAUUAUAGCAUAACACCAUAUUGCUUCUACCCUCACAUUACCCAGCUGGAUUUAUUGAAGCACAAAAUAUAUACUUUGUUAUAAUUACCCCAGCAUCUUUUUUAUUAUACACAUUUUAUGAUUGUUUUAACACCUAGCCUUGAUAACCCCCCACAUAUCACCUCACCACCACCACUAUAUUGACUCUAUACAGUUUACUCUAUCAACAAUAAAGCUGCAGCACUUCAGCUACAUAUCGCUCUCACUCUUGCUUAUUCAUCCCUUGGUCCGGGGGGAGGAUGGGGGGUUGGGGGUGAUACUGUCAACACACUGACCACAUAGAGACUGACAGCUCCUGUGCUGAGAGAGAGAGACAGACGGGGGGGGGGGGGGGGUAGAAAGAGGGGAGAGACAGACAGAGACAGAGAGAGAGCGGAAUGCAGUGUGCAGCUGACACAACACGCUGAUGGCUGGAGUGGAUGGGCUAGCCUGAUUAAUAGGCCUCCACAAUGAGGGGAGUUGAAAGUCCACUUCAUAAAGAAUGACUUAACAAUACAGGGAGCAUAGUGCCUGACCAUUAUGGAUCUGUGGAGUUUUUGAAUGGACAAUGUGUACUGUCUCAUCCUACUCAGGGUCAUGGUCUUAUUUAGCACGUGCCCCUUGUACAGCAAGUCUCUAACCCAACCAGUUGACACGUUUGCUUUGGUUCCUGUUAUUUGUCAGUGCAAUGGGCUGAGUUGUCUAUUGUUUCGGUAUCUAUGUGAGGCAACAAAAGUCUUCCUACAUACAAGAUGAUUUUGCUGGGAGUUUUUCUCAGUACCUAAAUUGUUAUGAAAGAGAAAAAAAACAAUGACGAUCAAACUGGAAAAUUGUAUGGAUUUAUAGGGUAACAUAUGCUUGUUUUACGGCCUGCUGCUUUAUCCAAGCUGAUGAGGCUGGCUGUAGGCCACAUCCUAUUGUUGCGGAUUAACACCUUUUCUCCCUUUCUAAAGACAAUGAGCCUUCCUUUCUUUUUCUCUCAAACUGAGAAGAAACAAAACCCCAUCCUGACAUCCUUGUCUUAACUAGACGAACAACACAGGUACUGUAUAAUAUACCCACCACUCACCAUGGCAAGUCUGUCCCUAUUCAUUCAUUUCCACAUAGGAACCAACUGGCUCUCCGUCUCAAGCCUUUACAUUGAGACCUGAGUUACUCCCUCAGAUUAUGGGAACAUACAAUAUGUAACAUUUCCUGCUGUUUAAUGGGCAUUUCAAUUAAUGAUAGGGUAUCCAUUGAUUAUUGACGAAUAUAACUAAGAAUAAAUCAAGGAUUUUAUGAGCAUACAUUUUCCCAGCCCCACCUCUCAGCUUACCAAACAAACAAAGUGGGAGGGUUAGGCUAUUGAUAUUACAGAUGCCUUUAAGCAAUUUUCAUACAACAGACAGACAGAUCUGUCUUGAGAGUCAGAAUUCAUAAUUUGAGGUCUCUCUCUUUAUGGAGGUCCUCUUAAGAAAAGCGGAUGUCCAGCGGUGACCUGAGUUGACCUGACCUUCACACGCCCCGGACCAUAUGCACUAAAUCAGCUAACAUGGCCAUUCACAAUGAUGGCUUAGGUUCUGAUUAUAAUGGCCACUAGUUUGUUUAAAAGCAACCAUUGUUAGACCUGAGUUAGUGGGAUGGCACAAAACACAAGACCCCCUAUUUAAAUUGAGUUUGAAAAUUGAUAAAACACCACUGAUGUUCACUUGCUAACAAUGCGAGUUCUCAGAACUUUUUCUAUAACCAUGUUUUUAUUUCAGAAAUUGAGUGCAGAGAAGGAGAAACAAAAAGGAUAA